CCGAGCCCUGAUUGGCUGCGCAGGCCGCUCGCUGAUUGGCUGCGGCAGAUGCCUAGCGGGCCUGUGGCUAUGGAGGCGGCGGCGGUUGAUGGUUGACCGUUGGCUCCGGGGUAGGGGUCGCCGUUCGAGUGAUCUGCUCAGACCCGACCAGAGGGCGCGGGCUGCUGACGCUCGGCCUCGAGCCCGCGGGGGAGACCUAGUUCGGCUUCACCAUGCCGGCCGCCGGGAGUAACGAGCCGGACGGCGUCCUCAGCUAUCAGAGACCAGAUGAAGAAGCUGUGGUGGAUCAGGGUGGGACCAGUACAAUUCUCAACAUUCACUAUGAAAAAGAAGAGCUGGAAGGUCAUAGAACUCUGUAUGUGGGAGUUCGGAUGCCGCUGGGCAGGCAGAGUCAUCGGCACCACCGCACUCAUGGCCAGAAGCACCGGAGGCGAGGGCGGGGUAAAGGAGCCAGCCAGGGGGAGGAAGGCCUGGAAGCCCUGGCCCAUGACACACCAUCUCAGCGUGUUCAGUUCAUUCUUGGCACCGAGGAAGAUGAAGAGCAUGUGCCUCAUGAGCUGUUUACAGAGCUGGAUGAGAUCUGUAUGAAAGAGGGAGAAGAUGCUGAGUGGAAGGAAACAGCCAGGUGGCUGAAGUUUGAAGAAGAUGUUGAAGAUGGAGGAGAACGCUGGAGCAAGCCUUACGUGGCAACCCUUUCAUUGCACAGUCUGUUUGAGCUAAGAAGCUGCCUUAUUAAUGGAACAGUCCUUCUGGAUAUGCGUGCAAAUAGCAUAGAAGAAAUUUCAGACCUGAUCCUGGAUCAGCAAGAACUGUCCAGUGACCUGAAUGAUUGCAUGAGGGUUAAAGUGCGGGAAGCCCUUCUCAAAAAGCAUCAUCAUCAGAACGAAAAGAAGAGAAACAACCUCAUUCCCAUUGUUCGCUCCUUUGCUGAGGUUGGCAAGAAGCAGUCCGAUCCACAUUCGAUGGAUAAACAUGGUCAAACUGUGUCCCCUCAGUCUGUUCCAACUACAAGUCUUGAAGUAAAAAAUGGAGUGAAUUGUGAACAUAGUCCUGUGGAUUUAAGCAAGGUAGACCUUCAUUUCAUGAAAAAAAUUCCUACUGGGGCUGAGGCCUCCAAUGUCCUGGUUGGCGAGGUGGAUAUUUUGGACCGUCCCAUUGUUGCCUUUGUGAGGCUGUCUCCAGCUGUUCUUCUCUCAGGCCUAACAGAAGUGCCAAUCCCAACAAGAUUUUUGUUUAUCUUAUUGGGUCCAGUAGGGAAAGGUCAGCAGUACCAUGAGAUUGGCAGAUCCAUGGCCACCAUCAUGACAGAUGAGAUUUUUCAUGAUGUAGCAUAUAAGGCAAAAGAGCGAGAUGAUCUCCUGGCAGGGAUUGACGAGUUCCUUGACCAGGUGACGGUGCUCCCUCCAGGAGAGUGGGAUCCCUCCAUUAGAAUUGAGCCACCCAAAAACGUCCCUUCCCAGGAGAAAAGGAAAAUGCCUGGAGUUCCAAAUGGAAAUAUUUGCCACAUAGAACAGGAGCCACACGGGGGUCACAGUGGGCCAGAACUUCAGCGCACUGGGCGGCUAUUUGGGGGCUUGGUGUUGGACAUCAAGCGGAAGGCCCCCUGGUACUGGAGCGACUACCGGGAUGCACUCAGCUUACAGUGUUUGGCCUCCUUUCUGUUCCUGUACUGUGCCUGCAUGUCACCUGUCAUCACCUUUGGGGGAUUGCUUGGAGAAGCCACUGAGGGACGCAUAAGUGCGAUUGAAUCCUUGUUUGGCGCCUCCAUGACGGGGAUUGCUUAUUCCUUGUUUGCGGGACAGGCUCUCACCAUCCUGGGAAGUACUGGGCCAGUGCUUGUGUUUGAAAAGAUUUUGUUCAAAUUCUGCAAAGACUAUGCUCUUUCAUACCUCUCCCUGCGAGCUUGUAUUGGACUGUGGACUGCUUUCCUGUGUAUUGUCCUUGUGGCAACUGAUGCCAGUUCCCUUGUCUGCUACAUUACCCGUUUCACUGAAGAAGCAUUUGCCUCCCUAAUUUGCAUUAUUUUCAUCUACGAAGCAAUAGAAAAACUGAUUCAUCUGGCAGAGACCUAUCCCAUCCACAUGCACAGCCAGCUGGACCACCUUAGCCUCUAUUACUGCAGGUGUACUCUUCCAGAGAAUCCAAACAAUCACACCCUGCAGUACUGGAAGGACCACAACAUCGUGACAGCAGAAGUCCACUGGGCUAACCUGACUGUCAGUGAAUGCCAGGAGAUGCAUGGAGAGUUCAUGGGAUCUGCGUGCGGCCAUCAUGGACCCUACACUCCUGAUGUCCUCUUUUGGUCCUGUAUUCUCUUCUUCACCACCUUCAUUCUCUCAAGCACCUUAAAGACAUUUAAGACGAGCCGUUAUUUCCCGACCAGAGUACGUUCCAUGGUGAGUGACUUUGCUGUUUUCCUCACUAUCUUCACAAUGGUGAUUAUUGAUUUUUUGAUUGGCGUUCCAUCACCAAAGCUUCAAGUUCCCAGUGUGUUCAAGCCAACAAGGGAUGAUCGAGGAUGGAUUAUUAAUCCCAUUGGCCCCAAUCCCUGGUGGACUGUGAUAGCUGCAAUUAUCCCAGCUCUUCUCUGCACUAUCUUGAUAUUCAUGGAUCAGCAGAUCACAGCCGUCAUUAUUAACAGAAAGGAACAUAAGCUCAAGAAAGGCUGUGGCUACCACCUGGACCUACUGAUGGUGGCAAUCAUGCUGGGUGUCUGCUCCAUCAUGGGCCUGCCCUGGUUUGUAGCUGCAACCGUCUUGUCCAUCACACAUGUGAACAGCCUCAAGCUAGAAUCUGAAUGCUCUGCUCCUGGAGAACAGCCCAAGUUCCUAGGCAUCCGAGAACAGAGAGUGACAGGCCUUAUGAUCUUUGUGCUGAUGGGCUGCUCAGUCUUCAUGACGGCUAUCUUAAAGUUUAUUCCAAUGCCAGUACUCUAUGGAGUUUUCCUCUACAUGGGAGUUUCUUCACUACAGGGAAUUCAGUUCUUUGAUCGUCUAAAGCUCUUUGGGAUGCCCGCAAAGCACCAGCCAGAUUUUAUCUACCUGCGGCAUGUGCCACUGCGUAAAGUGCACCUCUUCACCCUCAUUCAGCUGACCUGUCUCGUCCUGCUCUGGGUCAUCAAGGCCUCUCCAGCCGCCAUUGUUUUCCCAAUGAUGGUUUUGGCCUUGGUUUUUGUCAGGAAAGUCAUGGAUCUCUGUUUCUCUAAGCGAGAGCUGAGCUGGUUAGAUGAUCUCAUGCCUGAAAGCAAAAAGAAGAAGUUGGAUGACGCCAAAAAGAAGGCCAAAGAGGAAGAGGAGGCUGAGAAAAUGUUAGAAAUUGGGGGAGACAAGUUCCCCUUAGAGAGGAGGAAGUUACUAAGUAGUCCUGGAAAGAACAACAGUUGCAGAUGUGACCCGUCUGAGAUUAAUAUAUCUGAUGAAAUGCCUAAAACCACAGUCUGGAAAGCUCUCAGUAUGAAUUCUGGAAAUGCAAAGGAAAAGAGUCUCUUCAACUAAGAGUCUUUGCUGGGAUGGAAGAUUUGGGCCGUGUGGUGCCUCAGGGAAGUUCUGGGUUACAGAGAAAAUGGUGAGUCUCUCAGAGAAGAAGCAAGACCAAGUCUGGCCCUGUCCUUGGUCAUCUCAAAGCCAUGCUGAAGCAUUCAGUUAUUCUUCGUGUGCACUGGAGGGCAUCCAGCUAUCCCCAUACCAGCAACCAGUCGCCAGAAGUGAAUGUGGAAGCAGAAGACCACUUCCUGUUGGUUCUUCUCCUCUUCUUCCUUCUUUUUCUCUUUAGAAUGGCCACCAUUGAAGACCUAGCUUCCCAUUUUCCAGACAUUUUCUCUGAAAUUUUCUGCUGGCCUGCCAAGCCAUAUGGAUUCAUUUUGCCACUGAGGAGUCCUUCAGUGAGGUCCCUUUUCCUAAAGGAUGGAGUGCGGAGUAGGAGGGGAAUAGAGAAGAAACUCUCUCUGGCUCUCCAGUGUUUUUAGUGUCUGAGGCUCCUAGGCAGCCCUGGGCCUUGAUUUGAUUACCUCCCCUGGGGGAUGCUGGUCAGACCCAGAGGUUGUCAGGAGGUCGGCUACCAGGAAGAUCCAUGAUCUGGGCAUUGGCAGUGCCUGCUACCACAGCCAGGAAGAUGCCUCUGACCUGGGUGCAUCUCCAUCACUCCCUAGCAGCAGCCUGCAUAACUGGCAAGAACCUUGGAUGAUAGAAGGGCCAAGAAGGGACAUUUGAGUUGUUUCGCGUAGAUAGGAAAAGAAUCUGGGGAAAAUCAAUAGUAGGUGAGGAUGAACAGCUUCUCUUGGUUUUCAGUGAGAAUAGAGUGAGAGAUUGAGCUUAGAUUGCAACAGAAGGAAUUAGUUUAGAUACCAGCCUGAAGAUUUGUCAUAGUGUCUGCUUUCUAGAUAUCUGGGAAAGAUUUGGUAAUAGUGUUUGUGAAUAGAAAGGAGGAUGUGAUGUUUUUAUUGCCCAUUUUGCGGGACUGUUUGACUUCUUGCUGCUGUCUCUUGAGGAUAUAUUCCAAUUCCAUCCUGGCGCGAUCCAAGUGCUUACGUACUGUCUCCUUAGCUGCCUUAGUAGUAAAUGAUCAUCAGUUCAAUGGACCAAAAUCACCUUCAGCCAUGUGGUUUCUUCAUCAUCAUGGAUUUCUUUUGGUUGGCAAACAUUCUGGUUCUGAGAUGCAAAAAGUCACACUGGGAAAUUAACUGUAAGUGGUGAAAUUAGUUUUGGUAUUUAAUUUAAAACUACAUUUAUGGUUUUCUCUUCUAUGUUACAAUGAAUGUAAAGUAUUUGGGAUCCAGUGCUUAUAAACCUUUCCCUCCUUUGUGCACAGAAUGUAACUAGCAAGCCCAUCAGCACCCAGAGAAUCCUAUCACGUUAGUUUCCCAUCUUGAAAAAUCUUUGUACAGUGGGAAGUACCCUGAUGUGUUUUUCUUUAUUAGGUGAAGGAUUGGUUAUAUCAGUUUAUUGAAUUUUGCAUUCCUUAAACUCUUAAAAUAUACUAAUGUAUUCUAGUCUUACUCUAAAUACCAUUGAUAUUAAGGGAAUUCUGCAUUUCUUUCAUAUUCCCUAUCUCAUAGGGCCACAAUUAUUUUAAUACAGAGAAGAUUUUCAAAAUAUUUAACAACUGGUACAGGACAGAUGCCAACCACUCAGAAGGGAUGCCUGCUGUAAACAAGCAGUAUGUAUGGUUGUACCAAUGCCUAUUGGCUGAACGGUAUGCUACUUUCAGAUAUUAAAAUGAUGUCCCUUUGAAUCGUGAUUGUUCCUGGUUUGUCUUAUUUCUAUCACAAGGAUGUUUUGGGGACAGCCUUAGCUUCCUUUCAUAUAUAUAUAUAUAUAUAUAUAUAUAUAUAUAUAUGUAUAUAUAUAUAUGGUGCAGACAGGAUAGGGCAUGAUUAUUUGAGCUAUAUGGGCAUUAAAAUCUCCAUGAGCCAAAGCUUCACAUUUUAUCACUUUAGGGUAACUGUAAUAAUUGUACUCAUUUACCUACCUAAUUGGGAAAAAUUAAAAGGCAGCCUGUCAGUAGGAUAAGCUUUCUUGCAGACUUUUCCCUUGUCCCUCUGACUGCUUCCUUGAACUUGCCUCUUUUUCAUCUUCAUUGUUCCCUGAGAAUAUCCCCACUUUCUUGCUCUAUCUUGCCCCUCCUAUCUUUUCCUGCCACCUCUGUGUGGGGAAGUUGAUGACCAUUUCACCUCUUCCCCUAGCCUUAGCGCAGCUGUAAGGAGUGUAUCAAAACUGGGUAACAGUAUCACUCAGAAGAAUGCCUCUCCUAAUACACUCAUGUCUUGUGCUGCCUGACUGCUGUAGGGGAGGAGCCUUCAUUAACUCUGUGUAGUGCAGGUACAGAACCAUGUGUGCACUUUUGGGUACUUCUUGAGCCAGACCCUCCCAGAUCACUGCACCUUAAGAAUGUGAGCUACUUUUUAAAAAAUGUGGUUUGGUGUGUUGUUGAGGUAAACUUGAUGGGGAACUGUGAGUGAAGAUGGGAAGGGAUUGGGUGGUUUUGCCAUGAGGUGAUGGCUGGGGUUGGCGCUAAUGGUUUGCAUGAUCCUGGCUCCAUGGGUGUGGUGCUCGGUAGCCUUGGUAUAGUUGCAGGUCACCUUUGUGCAUGGUGGUUACCAGUCACUCUAGGGAUUGUAGGUCCCAACAGUGUUUCGGCAGCCUGCACAGCUGGUACGAGGACAGCUGGAGGAGGGUCUCAUAUCCCUGCAAGUGAUACAGGACAAAGCUUCCCAACAGGAGGUGUCCCUUGCAUGGCUCUUGAAUGCACGGGUGAUAUAUCAGUUUGAAGUUUCUUGACCUGUCCAUCAAGGAUCUUGAAUUUUUUCUCAGUUGUGCUUGCUAAUGCGUCGAAGGCCAAGUGCACUGCAUCAAAUUUGCUGUCUGUAAGAUGCUAAAGUCCUUUGAUCAAUCCAGUGUUUCAGUUAGUUCUCUACUGACAUCAGACUUGGCUUUGUCCCCUCUCUUUCUUUUCAUUCAAGAGACUUUAAGGGUAAACCCUUCAGUUGAAACUGUCUUGGAAGUGCAGGCCUCCUCCUGUGUGGCUAACGAAAGAGACGGCACCAGGAUCUUUCAUGGCAAGUGCUCAAGGGGUAUGGGUGGUUUUGUGUAGUCCGGUCCUUUUGAACGUGGUGAUUUCCUGUCAUCCUCAUGGUCUGACAUUGCUUUUCACUGGAAACUGGUUGUAGCCUUUGACUCAUUAGCUGAUUGUUGGAUCUCUGUGAGGUUUGAUUUUUUUUUUUUUAAUCCAGGGGUCCCUAUGGACCGUUGCCUGUUGCAAAUGAUAGUGAUUCUCUUCUUCUUUUUCUUUGUCUCUAAGAGUUGCCUGGACGAUUUCAUGGAUCACUCCACAUGAUUGCAGA